CGUAUAUAAAUUCUUGUCUAACUCUUCGUUCAAAAAUCCAUUCACAGUGACUAAAAAAGGUGCUGUUGGUACGGUUUCAAUCAGUUGGAUAAAUUGAGUACACAGGGAAUUAAGCAGCCUGAGAGAUGGAGAGGUCACUCCCACCACUAUCAGUAAACACCUCAGACCAGAUGCAGAUGCAGCAGCAGCAUAACCAAAUCGCGAUUCCAAUUGGUCCGCCACCACCACUGCCACUAAAUCUACCAUGUGGACAGCUAAUUGAAGGUACUAGAGAAGACUACAUCAAGAUUUGUGUUCCACUUUUUGAAGCAUUAAUGAAAGGGGAUUGGAUAGUUGCUAAAGCCAUCUUUGACAUAAAACCUGAGCUAGUAAGGUUUGCUGUCACUAAAAAUUUUGAUACACCACUUCACAUUGCAGCAGCUGCAGAAAGCACCAAAUAUGCGAAAGAAUUUGUUGAAAAUUUAGUGAAAUUGAUGGAAAAGAAGGAUAUGGAAUUACAAAAUAAAAGUUAUAACACUGCCUUCAGUUUAGCAGCUAUGGUAGGAAAUGUGGAAACAGCAAAAAUAAUUUUAGAAAAGAACAAAGCUGUGCUGGAAAUCCCUGGUAGUCAAGGUAUGAUGCCACUUUAUGUGGCUGCUGUAAGUGAAAAUUACGAUAUGGUGAGGUGUCUCUAUGAUAUCUCUAAAAAAAUGUCUGGCGACUUUUGGACGAAUGAGACGCGGGGCUGGGUUCUCAAAAAAUGUGUCGAAGGUGAUCUCUAUGAUGUUGCUGGACAAAUAGUGAAUGAUUGCACCCAACUCACCUCCAAUAAGAAAUUACUCAGCGGUGUACUCUUAGUUUUGGCUCAGAAGACUGAUGCAUUUAGAGAGAAAAAACCACAGAAUAUCUUGAGAAUUAUCGAGUCAAUAAGCGAAGUGAAGUUAGGGCAUGCGACGAGGGAAAGCGAAGCCUUGAAAUUUUUAAAAUUAAUUUGGAAUAAGAUUUCCAUAUUUCCUAAUGAUGAGAUUGAACAGAUACUCCAAGGACCACCUUUGGAAAUUGAAGAGGAGAAACAUAAAAAAUCAUAUCCAGAUCUAAUAUGGACGGUAGAUGACAAAGGGCUAACUAUAUUUCACAUUGCUGUUAAACAUCGACAAGUAAAUAUCUAUAAUUUGUUAUAUGAGAUAGGCCCAAUCAAAGAGCAAAUAACAACUAUUGAAGACGAAAAUGGCAACAAUAUGCUGCAUUUACUUGCGGAGAGUAUCGGGCCAAAACAAUUUCAGAAGCUACCAGGAGUUGCUCUACAAAUGCAACAGGAGUUGUUAUGGUUCAUGGAAGUAAAGCAGAUGAUACCUCUUGCUUAUAGACAAAGGAAGAACAAACAAGGUGAAACACCACAUGACAUAUUCACAAGGUGCCAUGAAAAACUAGUUGUCGAUGGUGAGAAGUGGAUGAAGGAAACAGCACCGCAGUGUAUGGUGGUGGCCGCACUAGUAGCAACCGUAGUAUUUGCAGCUGCGUUUACACUUCCAGGUGGCUAUGAUCAAGACACUGGUCUUCCUAUGUUCAUCCAAAAAAUGGCCCUCACGGUUUUUGUGAUAGCAGAUGCCAUUUCAUUAAUAUCUUCUUGUACAUCGAUUCUCUUCAUGCUAUCUUUGUUCAUAAGUCGUUAUUCAGAACAAGAUUUCUUGGAAUUGUUGCCCAAAAAGCUGUUUGCGGGUCUUGGAGCACUCUUUUUCUCUGUUGCGGCCAUGAUGAUUGCAUUUUGUGCGAGCUUCUUCCUACUUUAUAAUAAAAAUUUCAAAUGGGUACCAAUCCUGAUCACAUCAUUUUCAUUCCUCGUAGUCGAAGUAGUUGCCUUUAUGCAAAUGCAACUUCAACUUGAUGUAUUUCUCUUGACAUAUAGCUCAAAAUACCUCUUUAAGUCAACGAAACGUAUGCUAUACUCUUGA